AUGGCUUCCUCAUCGAAGGCUUCCAACUCCCUCCUCUACUCCUGCAUUGCCCAUCGCACCACUAUCUUAGCCGAACAUUCAUCUCCGGGCACCUCUUCGACCUCUGCCUCAUCCAUCGCGUCCAUCAUCCUCCCCAAAAUCACCCACGAUAAGCCCCAGAAAUUGACUUACACCCAUGAACGACUGUUCGUUCACUACAUCGCCGACUCUCCGACAGGCGACUCGGCCGACGACCAAAAUGGUCGCACCGAGACCAGUAGCCAUGCCCCGCUCAGCUAUCUCGUGGUCGCAUCCGCUGAGCAAGGCCGCCGCAUUCCAUUCGCCUACUUGCUGGAGAUGAAGCCCUUCAACGGAGAGCUACGCAGCUUGCUCCAGACAUACAACACCGCCCCGCCAGCCGACUCACUAGCCACGGCACGGCGCGAGAUCGACAGCGUCCGCGACAUCAUGACCGAGAACAUUGAGCGGGUGCUUGAACGUGGCGAGCGGAUCGAUCUGUUGGUAGAUAAAACGGACCGUCUGGGCGGGAGCGCGCACGAUUUCCGUAUCCGGAGCCGUGGUCUGCGGCGGCGGAUGUGGUGGAAAAACAUCAAGCUAAUGGUUCUACUCGGCGUCGUGGUUAUCUUCCUGCUGUAUCUGUUCAUCGGCAUGGGCUGCGGACUCCCGGCGUGGUCGAGUUGUGUCGGACACAAGUCGGCAUGA